AGGAUCUGCUGACCUGCGCCGGCCGACGCCAUGUGGUCCAGGAGUCUGGCCUGCUUGGUGGUGGUGGCUGCACUGCUGGGCACCUUCGGUCUGGCCUACCCGCAGGGCUACGGCGGCUACGGCGGCUACGGAGGGGGAUACCGCCCGGGCUACGGCGGCUACGGCGGCUACGGUGGCUACGGGGGCAACCGCCCCAGCUACGGCGGCUAUGGUGGAGGCUUUGGAGGCAACCGCCCGGGCUACGGCGGCGGCUACGGUGGGGGAUACCGCCCGGGUUACGGCGGCUAUGGCGGCUACGGCGGUUACGGCGGCUUCGGCUAGCGCUGAAGCACAUGACAAGCACUAGUCUCCCCUCCACCGCUGCCGCCACGAUGCUGUGCGUCCACCGAACAAUCUGCACUAGGGGCCAUGAGCUAGUUCUUUGGACACGCGACAUCAGUGCUUGCCAUUCAACUAAACAGUGUCCUGGUUGCGAAGAAUAUGUUGCGCAGAUAAAGGCCCAACUUUUCAAAAGUUAAUGAGAAAUAAGAAUCUUAAAACAAAAUAAUACAUUUUAUACUAUUGUACUUUCCUUGAAUAGGUGUUAUACAAAAAUAUAUUUUUUCCCAUGAAAAUUGUUAAUAAAUACUUGGAAAUUUAUUAAUUUCAUGUAUUAAUCUACUGAUUCAAUAAUUGGGCUAAUUUCAUACCCUUCAUUUUUUAACAGGUUAUUUUCAAUAAAUAAUGGAAUUGUA